CCCCCCCACCACCACCGACGGCCAUGAACGACCUCUUCGCCUGCAACUCCUUCAAGAAAUACAACGACUUGAGGCUGCAGAUCCACAUAGAUGACAAUGACGCAGGAAUCGCCGGCGGCGGGGUCGGCGGCCACGCCAAUAAUCUGGAGAAAUUCUUCCAAGACAUAGAGAUCAUGAAAGAAGAAAUCAAAUCCCUCGAACAACUCUACCGCCGCCUGCAAGAUCUGAACGAAGAGACCAAAUCCGCUCAUAACGCCAAAACGAUGAAAUCUCUCCGCGCUCGAAUGGACGCCGACACCGAUCAAGUUCUCCGGCGAGCUAAAUCCGUGAAACAGAAGCUCGAAUCUCUCGAUCGGGCUAAUAAGGCUAAUCGAAGCAUUCAUGGCUGCGAGCAGGGAUCUUCUGUAGAUCGAACCAGAACUUCCGUGGUAGCUGGGUUGGGGAAAAGGCUCAAGGAUUUAAUGGAUGAUUUCCAGUCUCUGCGAGCUCGCAUGGCCGACGACUACAGGGAAAUGGUGGGGAGAAGGUAUUAUACUGUUACCGGCGAGCAGGCGGAUGAAGAAACCAUUGAGAUUCUGAUAUCGAGUGGUAAAGGAGAGAGCUUUUUCCAGAAGGCGAUUCAGGAACAGGGGAAAGGUGAGAUCUUGGACGCCAUUAGCGAGAUUCAGGAAAGGCAUGAUGCUGUGAAGGAGAUAGAGAAGAGUUUGUUGGACCUGCAUCAGGUGUUCUUGGACAUGGCCGUCGUCGUCGAAGCUCAGGGGCAGCAAAUUAACGACAUUGAAAGCCAUGUCGCACGUGCGAGCUCUUUUGUUAGGAGUGGAGUGGCUGAGCUCGAGCAGACUAAAGGUUAUCAGAAGAGAUCGAGAAAAUGGUAUUGUAUGGCCUUCUUGCUUGGUACUGUGCUGGUAGUUCUUCUUCUUCUCCCUUUUAUUACCGCUAUCGUCAGAUCUAUGUGAGAUGAGGAACAUGGACAGGUUGGGUUUUAUUUUGGAAGAGUUGCAUACAUACCACUUAAUUCCUAUGUAUUUACACCAUUUACAUAUUGGUGAGACCUAAAAUUUCAAUUUUUUACAUAUAUACCACCUUACCUAUGCAUGAAA